AUGGAAACCGCCAUCAUUGCCCUGGCAUCGUUCAUUCCGAUGCUGCUGCUGCUGGUCGUCGUUCACGAAUUGGGGCAUUUCUGGUCGGCCAAAGCCUUCGGCGUCAAGGUGCUGGAAUUCGGCAUCGGCUAUCCGCCCCGGGCGUUCGGCAUCUACACCGGCCGCACCGAAACCCUACUCUCCGCCGACACCGUCUGCCUGACCGGAGCGUUGGUCGACAUCCGGCCCGGCCAGGUGGUGCGCGUUUUGUCCGGCGAAACCGACGACGGCGAACUGGUUGCUCAGUACGUGGAGAUUCGCGGUGCGGGACGCUCCGGGAGCCUGCUGGCGGCGUUGGGUCGCUUUGCCGGCUCCGGAAACAAGGGGCAGGAUGCGGCGCCGGCUCAACCGACCCGAGCCUCGCUGGAUGACCUGCAAUCCGACCGCUACUUACGGCACGAAGGGCGGGUGCGCGAGGUGGACGGCAGCCGCAUCGUGAUGGCCGAUAUGCUCUAUUCGCUGAACUGGCUUCCGCUGGGAGGGUUCGUCAGACUGUCGGGAGAGAACAACCCGGAGGCGCCGCGCAGCCUGGCUCGUCGCGGCAUCGGUCAACGCGCGGUGGUGCUGGCGGCCGGCUCGGCGAUGAACGCGUUAUUCCCCAUCGUGGCCUUCGCCGUCAUGUUCAUGAUUCCCCACACCGAGCUGACCGGCGGCACCGUGCAUAUAACGGCGAUCGCGCCCGACUCACCGGCCCAGGCCGCCGGACUUAUGCCGGGCGACCGGGUGCUGGGCAUCGACGGGCGACUGUUGGAAACGCCGGAUGUUCUGGUGCGCGAGGUUCGGCUGGGCGCCGGCGACGAAAUGCUGUGGUCGAUAGAACGGGACGGCGCACCGCAGCAGGUGCGAGUUACGCCGCGUCUGAACCCGCCGGCGGGUCAGGGCGCCACCGGCAUCGCCUUCACCGUAGUUGACCAGCAGUCCGAACGUCGCUCCGAACCACCCUGGACGGCCAUCCCGAUGGGGGUCUCCAGAACCGGGGAAAUGGUUACGCUCAUCGGGCGGGAAGUGAGCGGCUGGUUCGGCGGCGGUCGCGGCCCCGAGUUCAGCGGACCAAUCGGCAUCGCCCAGAUAACCGGCGAGGUUACUCGCCAGGGCGGAUUCCAGGGUUGGAUUGUCGUGGCCAUCCUGCUGAGCAUCAACCUGGCCGUGCUGAACAUCCUGCCCAUCCCGAUGCUGGACGGCGGGCGUCUGCUGUUCGUGUUCAUCGAGUGGGUGCGUGGCGGCAAGCGGGUGCCGUCGGAGAAAGAGGGGCUGGUGCACCUGAUUGGCUUCGUGGCCCUGCUGGCCCUGGUAAUCCUCAUCAGCGCCAACGACAUCAUCCGGCUGGUGCGCGGCAUUUCGCCGCUGGGCGGUUAG